CAAAACAGGGCUAAGGUUUGGUUACCACUCAAAAUACGAACAGCUGUUUAUCUUCCACCAAAGCACUUCGUGCAUCAUCCUCUUCCCCCUGUCUGUCUGAUUCUUCGCCGUGAAAAAAGUACAGACAAUAGAAGGCUCAGCUAGCUAUGGCGUUUCUUCUCCCGAAUCUCUCUCCUUCAUUCCUUCUUCAAACUGGAAAAUCCCUCAAAGAGAAGCCCAUUUCAACCCAUUCUCUAUCCAUAUCAUCAUCUUCUUCUUCCAAUAGCUACGAGUUCGAAGAAGGUAGUCUCUCUCUUCUAUCUCUUCCUGUCCAGGCUCCUCCUGCUCCAGGCGCGCAGGUUAAGACCAUGCCGAGUGAGCAAGAUAAGCACCAGCAGCAGGGAAAAGAUGAGUUCUACAUCAAUCUCGGUUUAGCUAUACGCACCCUUCGUGAAGAUUUGCCUUUGCUCUUCUCCAAAGAUCUCAAUUACGACAUUUACAGGGAUGAUAUAACACUGGUGGAUCCAGUGAACACUUUCUCUGGGAUUGAGAACUACAAACUGAUCUUCUGGGCACUCAGGUUUCAUGGCAAGAUUCUCUUCAGAGAUAUCUCACUUGAGAUCUUCAGGGUUUGGCAACCAUCAGAGAACAUGAUUCUCAUCAGGUGGAAUCUCAAAGGUAUACCUAGAGUUCCAUGGGAGGCCAAAGGAGAGUUUCAGGGAACUUCUCGCUAUAAACUGGACCGUAAUGGCAAAAUCUAUGAGCACAAAGUUGAUAACUUGGCUUUCAACUUCCCUCACCAGCUCAGACCUGCCAUUUCUGUUUUAGAUUUGGUCACUGCAAGUCCCAAUCCAACAUUCAUGUUUGGCUCUUCAUACUCGUCUUCUUGGAUUGAGUUCUAUCAAUCUGUGCAAAGGACACUAGACAAUCAACAAGAGCAAAUCCUUGUGCAAGACCGUUUUGUUAUAUGUUCAUAGUUCCAUUGAUUGGAUCACAGUCACGUAUAUGUAUAUAAACUGUUGCACUGAAGAUAAAAUACAUACAAUGUGCAGGCAUAUGUAGAAGUGGUUGACUUAGGGAAGCAAACCUGUUUAACCCAUGAGCUUGUACAACUUUGCCUAUCGAAUGUAAACAGAAUUCAUUAUA